GACGCGUUUGGCACAGGCGUGGAAGCUCUGCGAGCAGACUCCUGUGCGUGCUGGAGCUUUUGAGCUCGGAAACUUACAAGUCUCUUGACGCCACCUUGCUCGGAAUGCUGAGAGAGGACCGGACCUGAAGCCCGGAACCGAGCGACCAUGUCCACAGGAGCCUCAUGAUGACUUCUCACAACAACUCCGCUGACACUUCAUCUCCGCCUCCUCCCCCUCCUCCUCCCCCACCGCCUCCCUCUUCCUUACCGCUGUCAAGCCUCCAUCUCAACUCCGCCACCCCUUCCUACAUCCCGCUGUCCUUGGUUGGCAGUUGCAGUGGGGCGGCGUCCUCGCCCUCGUCGCCGCCAUACAACUUCUACGCCGUGCUGCUAGUGCUGCUCAUCUUCUGCGUGGUGUUCGGCAACGUGCUGGUGUGCGUGGCCGUGUCGCGGGAACGAGCACUGCAGACUACCACCAAUUACCUUAUUGUUUCACUGGCUGUGUCUGACCUGCUACUGGCCACCCUGGUCAUGCCCUGGGGUGUCUACCUGGAGGUGGUGGGCGAGUGGCGCUUCAGUCUGAUCCACUGCGACAUCCUGCUGACUCUCGACGUGAUGAUGUGCACUGCCAGCAUCCUCAAUUUGUGUGCCAUCAGCAUCGACAGGUACACGGCGGUGGCCAUGCCCUUGUUGUACAACACGCGUUACAGCUCCAGGAGGAGGGUGGCGCUGAUGAUCGCCGCCGUAUGGUUCCUCUCUUUCGCCAUCUCCUGCCCGUUGCUUUUUGGACUCAACAACACCGCGGACCGCGAAGGCACCACAUGUAGCUUCGCCGACCCGGCCUUUGUGGUGUACUCGUCAGUGGCGUCUUUCUACGUGCCCUUCAUCGUCACCCUGCUGGUGUACGCGCAGAUCUGCGUGGUUCUGCGCAGGCGCGGCCGACGCACCGCGCCCCCCGGAAAGCACAGAGGGCCCGAAGAGCCGCAGCGGCACAGGAAGAAUAAAUGUACACAGCCAGAGGACGUGAAACUGUGCGCUUUGAUCCUGAGACCCUCCACCGCGGCCCCCCAACGCAAGCGAGUGACGCUGGUGAAAGAGGCAGUGGUGCACCCCCUGGAACCGGAACGGGCUCACUUCCUACCUCAGCCCGAACAGAGUCCAACCGCUCCACCCGCCGGCCAGACGUCCUCGUCGCGCCCGGGACGGGGCACCGUCUCGCUGUCCGUCUCGGUGGAGCCAGCUCCGACCCUCCCGUGUACGGUGACGCGGUCGGCUUUGAUGCCCCGCCCCCCCACGCUAGAGGACGGCAUGAGGGGCCGCCAGGGCUGGCGGGAGCACGGCACUGGCGGCUGGGCGGCCCGCGUAACCAAGGAGCGGUCCAGAGGCAGGAUGUCGCAGCAGAAGGAGAGGAAGGCCACACAAAUGCUUGCCAUUGUGCUCGGCGUGUUCAUCAUCUGCUGGCUGCCCUUCUUCUUGACACAUGUCCUGAAGGCUCACUGCGCCACUUGCUGCAUCUCUCCUUCAUUGUACAGCGCCGUCACGUGGCUGGGUUACCUCAACAGUGCCGUCAACCCUGUCAUCUACACCACCUUCAACGUGGAGUUCCGCAAGGCCUUCAUCAAGAUCCUCCUCUGUUGACCGCGCUUGGACUCGGUGAAUAUGAGCUGAUCUGUAUAUAAAUGUAUAUAUGAAUGUAUACAUGUACAGAUGUAUGUAUAUAAGCAUGUACAGUAUUUAUGUGUUCAUGUUAAAACUAUACUUUAUUUAACUUUUUUUUUUGGGGGGGGGGACACAUUUUAUUCAAAUCAUGCCCAUAUUAUUUGCUACACUUAUGUCAAAACUGGACAAAAUGUUACUGUGACUCACAAAAACAUUAUGGGAAUAAAACCUCUCUCUUUUUAAUGAAGACUUAAGUCUACUACGCUACUGUAUUUUUCACAAUAUUGUGAGAGAAUUUGUGAGUUCAAAUGAGGGUUAAAGCGCACAGUUAUUUUUUUCAAGCAUGUGAAUACGAAGCCACACAGGGAAGAGUAUGUGUGGCCUUGUCAAGAAAAAAAUGGCCACAAUGGAAUUCCGUCUACUUGGUUCUUGUAAAUGAUUGCCGUUGAUAAAUAAAAUCUAACUAACCUUG